AAUUAUCUAAUGUCAUGAAUUCUGAAUACUUCCGGAGUAGGCUCUGAUUUUGUUGCUCAGUAUACGGCACGGAAUAAUUUGUAAUAAAUCAUUAUAAACCCGCACAAUAUAAAUUUUUAAAAAAAUUUUUAAAAUGCCAAAAGCGAAAGGCGGAGGAGCCAGUGGUGCCUCAAAGGGGGGUGGUAAAAGUAAAGGUGCUGAAGGUGGUGAUGAUAGCGCCGGGAAGGCAGCAAAAGGAGGGACGGCUGUUAAGGGAAGGUGGAGUGUGUAGUUGUAGUAAUAAUUGUAGUAGUUAGUAGUAGAAAAAAAAAGUAGUAGUAGUAGUUAUAAAUUAUAGUUAAAGCCAAAUCAUUAUUUAUAAAUUGUUAAAAAUAGCUAUAGUCAGUACAAUGUACAACCAUCGUAGUAUAUGAUUAAUGAUUGAUACAUAUUUUUAUUAGAUAACUAAGUAAGAAAACUAUAGGCCUACUAUACACUUAUACACUGUAAUGUAAACUAUAACAUAACUAUAUUUAUUAUUUAUACUAUAAUUAUAAAUUAAACAUAGUCUUAGUCCUCUUUAAGUCUUAAGUUAACUGUAAGAUAUGAGUGUGGCCAGGGUACCUCAAACUGAUUAUCACUAAUACUAAUAUCACUGAUACUGAUGAUCAUGCGUAUGCUGAUGCUAUGCAGCAUAGUAUGCGCACUACUAGCCCUCCAUGGUUAUGACUAUACUCUACUAUUAACUAUAGGCAUGGCACUUUAUUUUUUAAAAUCAUUUUGAUAUAAAAACAAUCAUGAAUGAUAGUUAACCCUCAGUUGUGUCAAUUCUGUGAUGAUGGAUUUGUUCCUGACCAGUGGUGUAGCUACGGUUCUUGCCCAGGGCGGGCAAAGUUUUUGCCACCCACUUCCACAAAGAAACUUAAUAGUUGGCCAUAAAUACUGCCUCUCCAUAAAAGGGGAAAAAAGUGCUCAUUCUGCACUACCCUUCCCACGCUACUGUUCCAGCAGUCUCUGUUGGGUGAUUUAAUCUUGCCACCUUAGAUACUCUGCUUCUUUGUAAUGAGCAGGAGAUGAAUGGCCCAAGGCCUGUAAUAACUGAAGUUCUCAACAAUUUACAGAUUGUACCCAUCAAUAAAGAAGCAGAUGACAAAGAUUGAGAAUACAACAAUACAAUCUUGCUUCACUCCGCUGCUAACUUGAGAGUUCUCCAACGUUGAAGCACAUUGUGAUAACAUCACUAUGUGUUUGUGGAAUGAAUUGAUGAGAAGUCCACUCUUGAUUUAACACAAAGUAAACAGUGAUCCACUAUCACCAGUUCAAUCAACACAGUUUCAUUUAAAUAUGAAGGGAAUGAGAAAAAAAUAAGUAGCAGCAAUAACAAAUGAUUUUACUUGGGAUGCCCCCACUGCCAUUUGAAAAAAGCCUGAAAAACACUGAAUUAGAAUCUCAGACAAUUGCUCGAGUUCAGGAGUGUCUUUAUAUCAAUUUUGUUGGUAUUAUUUCCAGUUCUAGGUUUUUUCCAUAUUCAUUAUUAUGAUAAUCAUAAUAUCCUCCAUCUUCAUCAGUAGUAGUUUAUCAAAUUUAUUUCUUUUCUCACUCACAACAGGUGCGUCAUAUACUUUGUGAAAAACAAUCCAAAGCUUUAGAAGCCUUAGAAAAACUGAAAAGUGGUAUGAAAUUCAAUGAAGUGGCAGCUCAGUACAGUGAAGAUAAAGCUAGACAAGGAGUGAGUGAACAUAUUCUGUUCCAUUAUGACCUCAUAUCUAUAAAAUCAUACAUAGUACCGGGUACUUAGCCAUGCUUCUUUUAAAAUAGGAAAUGAGUAAAACAAAGUAAGGUCAAACUUGAAAAGAGGAAUGCACCAAAGCAAUGAAAGUGUCGGCAGGAAUCCUUCGUCAGUGAAAAAAACCACAAUUCUUUUGCUUCCCUCUCAGAUACUGCGUUUCAGCUGAGUGCUAUUUUAAAUUUUAUUGUUUUUUUUCUCUUGUUCAUUCGCUGAAAAAGGUUUCCUGCUGACACGUUCGUUGUUAAAAAAGCAGGUUUGACCUUACUUUGUUUUACUGAUUUCCUAUUUUUCUAACCUGAUUGCAGUUUCUUAAGUUCACUUACCUAAAUAUAAAUUAAUUUAUUCAUCUUUCUUUUCUUUUUUUAAAUUACACUAUUUUUGCGUGAUACCAACUACAACUUGAGAGAUUUUUAAUCAAACUUAAAUUGCGAAAUCUAAAAACCAUAAGAAGAAUGCCUAUUUCCUUGGCUGGUCUUACCAGUCAUCAUAUGAGCCCCUCUUCUUUGGCUACUUUUUAUUUUGAGAAAAUUAUUUUCUUUAAUAUGCUGUACACCCAUACAUUAAAAAAUUAAAGUUUGAAAUAAUGUCAUAAUUUUUUCCCCUCUUAUAUUAAAUUAAGUUAAGUGAUAUGCAUUGCAAUACAAAAAUAUUUUCUUUGUUUUUGGAGGAUGUUCUUAAUUUCAGAAAAAUGAUUAACUGUAAGCCUGCUGAAGUAUUUUAAAAUAUUCACUUUGGUGACUAAUUUAAAAUGACAUAGAUUUUUCUUGAGAUUACUCCUACUGUUUAUCUAAUACAAUACCGGUACCAGUACUAAUCUUUUAAAAAUUAAUGCACUACUACUACACUUAAGCUGUUUGUAAAAAAAACAACUUUUUCUUUAAUACUGUACCUGAAGGGUGACCUUGGAUGGAUGACAAGAGGCAGUAUGGUUGGACCAUUUCAAGAUGCAGCUUUUGCCCUCGCCAACAGCACAAUAGACAAGCCAAAUUACACAGAUCCACCAGUGAAAACAAAGUUUGGUUAUCACAUUAUCAUGGUUGAAGGAAAAAAGUAACGGUGACGAUGUUGUUGCAGUUUAGCUAAAGAAGAAAGUUCUAAAAGACCAAUGCCACUGUGUCUUGGCUCAGGAAACUAUUUGAUUAAAAACAUGGUGUGGAGUGUCCUUGUGUUUCUAUUCAUAAAUGACAUUGGAAAAUGGAACUCGGGUUCUUAAAACUCUCUGAGUAUUAAAGUUAAAGAUUUAAUUAAUGAUGCAAUUGCAAUAAAUUUAUUCAAUUUCCAUAAGUUGAAUUUACAACUUUCAUUUUCAUAUGAUUUACUUCAUUAAAAACAGACAAAAUUUAAUUUCU